AUGUCACUUUAUAAUCCAAAUGUUCAAUUAUUUACUUUUGUUACUCUUCAAACUGAAUUUCAUUCAACAGGAAGUAUUCAUUUUCAAUCACGAUUUGAACCAAUUCAUUUCUAUGGUAAUUCUUUCUCUUUUUUGUCAACUACAGAAGAUAAUUCUCCUUCGCUUUUAGCUUUUACAUCUCUUCUUCAAUUGAUUUCUAUAAUUAUUUAUUUAAUUUUAAUUCUUUACUUUAUUUGGAAUGAAAUUCAAUCAAUUUUAGAAUUAAAAUAG